AUGUUUGAAAGGACGACUGGGGGACGUAACAAAGAAGAUCUGAAAAAUGCUAUUUCUAUGGAAAAUGAUCUGAACACUAUUGCAAUAUUUUAUGAGUCUCUAGCAUCCAUUCCCUUUGGCUCGAUGGUGAUUGUCUUCAUAAUCUCGGCAUUUGUUUCUUUCUCCCUGGCACUUCUUGGUACAGUUGUUGGAAGAAACUGGAGCGGUGCUCCAAACAAUCCAUGCCGAGUGAAGACCAUUCCACGACCAAUCCCUGAGAAGAAGUGGUACUUGACACCAUCUGUAGUUUCUAUGAAUGGAGGAUUGCUUCCCUUUGGCAGCAUAUUCACUGAAAUGUACUUUGUUUUCACUUCCUUCUGGAAUUACAAGGAGUUCAUGCUAUAA